CACCCAGUCACCGGGCCACACACAACACGCAGAGUGGCUUCCAUGCCCUCUCCGUAAGACCGGCAGUCAGUGUGAAUACCCCAGAAUGGAGACGCUGUUGCGGGCAUCGAAGUCACUAAUUUCGUGGGAAAUUGUUUAGCACUCUAGUCACUUCACGCCGCACGCGUCGCCCUCUGACGGUGUCUGCAAUCCUUGUGUGGAAAACCAAGGGGUAGCACCGUGCGUACCAGGGGGCACGGAGAUCGGUGGACCCCAUUCAAAUAUAAUUCGUUGCAAGAGGUAAAAGCGUUUCUUGACCGCUGUUGUCACUGCUCCUGAACGUGACCAUUCAAACCGGUCCGCUGUCGCAAUAACGCACCAAUGACACGCGACCAAAAUUGCGACCGUGUGCCCGCAAUGCGUUUACCCAUAGCUUCCCGACAAGAAAUAGGUCUUUUGAAACACCUUUAGCUCUGGCAACACAAGGCCUUUCUGGACGCGCCCCGUGUGUAUAACUUUUGCACCCCACUGACACAAAGCGUCUAGAAGAGACCUUGACUACUGCCUGUUCUUUUCACCCAUUUGAACACGUGGCGCACCGGUUUUCUUCUGCCUGAAGUUUGUCUUCUCUUCGUAGCGUGCUGAACCAGUGGUCAUAAUGGCAACUGAAGAGCUGCUAUAGCAAAAGCCUCGAAAAGACUCCCCAAGGGUAGCGGCCGUGUCCGCGUCGCUCCAGGUUGGAGGAGAGUGCGACCGAAGAAUCUGCCUGUCACUGUCUGCAAAUAGUCUAGCAACAAGACCUCGUGGCGUUACGACUGACGCCUUAAUCUUCAUUCGAAAAGUCGAUUCGAUUCCACUUUUUUCUACUUUUACCCCCACGACUUGCUGUUCGCUCGCCUUGCACAGCUGCAGACACUCUCACGGUGUUGACUUCCUUCAUCCCACCCCACCGGGUCGGCUCAGAGUCGGCGCCGUCUCAUCCGAGUGAAGAGAGAAGGUUCAACUGUAAGGCGUCAACGACCCAGUCCGCCGUUUGUUGCUGUAGAGACGGAUCACUGGAAUCUGAAUUUUCCCCAGCAAUCUUUCUCCGUUUUCCAGUGGGAAUGUCUCUCUGUCUGUCCACUGCUCCAAGCACAUUCAGCUUAGUUUCUGUUCUCUCUCCAGUCUUCUCUGGGUCUGGCGGCCGCGACGUCUCAUCUUCGGCUCUCAACCAAGGCGUUUCCUCCCUGUCCCCUUCGGUUGCGUCCCCUGUGCAGGCGCAAGUAUCCUCCAGGCCAAGAGAGCAAGAACGUCCGUCGAAAGAAGUUGCGCCAUCCAGGGAAGUACACCCACCGGCUUUUUCGCAUGCAGCGUGCCCUUCCGAAGAUGACCGGCAACUUCGACUCCCAGCAGAGAGUAUCACCUUCGCAAAUCCUGAGGUUCUCCUUUUCAAACGUUCACGAGGGAGAGGAGAAGCCAACAAACAAGACGAAAAAGUCAACAGGGGAGGCAAGGAAGGAGAGGCGGGAGAUUGUUCUGCUUCAUGUCCGCUUGUGUGGCACGGAUCAGCCAGGCUCGUGUCACAGCCGCUCUCUCCGUUGACACCGGCAAACGAUGAGGCGGGAUGAGUUGCUGGAGAAGACGAAGAGUCCUGCGGCCGGAGGGGACGAUGUGCAUGAACUCUGACCAAGUGGCGUCUGAGGACCGCCUUGAAACCAAAAGAGGCUCCACAGAGAUUGCACUUGAAGGCCCGGAGUUGCAGAUGCUUCACGCGAUAGUGGGCUCGCAUGUUGCUCGCCUACAGAGACUCCACAAAAGAAAACAUGACUCAAAGUGUAUCGACGGAAGGACUUGUCCUCCUUAUCGCACACCCUUUCGUGUGUACCUUCUCCGGAGGGAUCUUAAAAGUGACCAAAUCCACGUUGCGCCGUGGGCGCCAAGAGCAAGGUGCAUUUGACAGAAGACAGUUAAACAGUCCACGUUCUUUGCUGUCGAAAUGCCACAUCCUAUCACGAGUUUCAUCCCUCGUCCACAGGGACAUGCCUGUUACCCUCUCUCCGUCUUGCUUUCUUUCCGUCGGCAUCUCGCCUCGCUUCCCAACUAGGUUCCUCGGCGGUUCUCGCCCUUCUUCCGAAACGUCUCAGAGAGCUCUCCAGCCAACAGGGAGCCGCUGUCUAAGGAGGCACCGGUGAAAUACCCGGUUCUUUUCACCAGUUCUUCAUUGCACCAGUACACUGUCGGUUACUUUGAAUUAAUGAGUUUUACAAGUUCUUGCGUUGCAAUAUGAGCUACUUCUUUGUCUUUACCUCACGUUUUCCAAACUAAGUGUUUCGUUCUCAGCCCGAACCCCGGCCAUACAAAC